ACAGUAUACAAACAAAGUAUUCUCGAGUCCACAGCUCGCGCCCCUCGCGUCAACAUGUUCGCGGAAAUAGUUGCGGCUUUGCUGCUCCCUUUCAUCCUGUUUUAUGUGUAUAAGAACGCGUUUAAGAAGCCUGACAACUUUCCACCUGGUCCACCAAGCCUGCCAGUGUAUGGAGCCUACUUCCUUCUCUACACCUUAGCACCCAACAACUUAGCAGAAGCCUUCCUCAAGCUGGGUCGGCGGUACAAGACGCGACUGGUCGGCUGUUACUUGGGGCCUUACCCGACGGUGGUUGCUAACGACCCGGCUUUGGUUAAAGAAGUUCUUAACCGAGAGGAGUUUGAUGGCCGCUUGGAUAUCAUCCUUGGGAGGCUGCGGGCUUUCUGGAAACAGCUAGGUAUAUUUUUCACCGACGGCUACUUCUGGCACACUCAGCGUCGGUUUUCCCUGCGGUACAUGCGAGACUUCGGGUUCGGCCGCCGCAGCGCGGAGCUCGAAGAUGUCAUCGCUCAUGAGAUCAAGGAGAUGGUUGACAUGAGGAUCAACGGUCCGAGGAACGACGAAGAAAAGAAACUUGUGAAUGGGGAACUAGUCUACCUGCCGCACUACGUCUCCGUUCCUUUCAUCAACGGCAUGCUGCACGUGUUCAGCGGAAUGACCCUGCCCCGUGAAGAUUACCCCGCGCUUUGGGACGUGGCCAGAAACACCCUGAGGUUCCAGAGAGGAAGCAACGAUCUUGGCGGAGCUAUAACCUUAACUCCGUGGCUCAAGCAAUUUUUCCCCAAAUGGAGCGGGUAUCAAGAUUUGUAUCAGGGGAAUAAGUAUUUAACUGACUUCUUCAGGAAAUUAAUUGAGCAUUCCAUGGCGACGCAUGAUGAUAAGCACGACCGCCACUUCUUAGACAUGUACAUCAGAAAAAUGAAAGAGGAAAUACAAGAAACUGGACGCACCACGUUUUCAGUGGACCAAUUGAUCCUGAUAUGCACUGACUACAUGUUCCCGAGCGCCACUGCCGGCGAGUCCGUCAUCCAAUUCCUGAUCGAACAGAUGUUCCUACACCCAGAAAUCCAGGACAAGAUCCACGAGGAAAUCGACCGAGUUGUCGGACGCGAUCGCAUGCCCAAUCUGGACGACAGGAAAAACAUGCCAUAUACAGAAGCGUGCAUUCGUGAAAUGUUGCGGUUCGAGACGACGGUACCACUUGCCGUACCACACCGGUGCGUUGUCGAUACCACGCUGGACGGGUACCAUAUCGCGGAGAACACCGUAGUGAGCGUCAACCUGACGAGUCUCCACACAGACAAGACAAUUUGGGGCGACCCCGAAGUAUUUCGUCCGGAGCGGUUUAUCAAAAAUGGCCGCCUCGAUGUCGCCAGCGACAAGUCAUUGCCUUUUGGAGCAGGUCGCCGACUGUGCGCCGGAGAGACGUACGCGCGUCAAUGCACUUUCCAAGUGUUCGCGUGCUUCAUGCAGGCCUUCAACGUAUCCACGGCUGAUGGCCAGCCGCUAAAGAAGCCCGCCCCAAGAAUUCAGGGGAUCAUCACCACUAUUCCAGAGGGCUGGGUCCGUGUCACGCCGAGGAUAUAGCAUGUAUUUGUAUAGGUUAUGUUAGGUUAAAAGCUCGGCCACACAUGCGCGUUUUGAGAGCGUAGGCGGAGCGUCAGCGGAGCGCACCGCUAUCAUUGCGCUCAGUUAACGCUACGCUAUCAAAACUGUUUAUGUGUGGCGGAGGCUUUAGAGUUUCUCGAUAGUUCGAGUCUUGGGUCGGUCGUCUCGUUCGUUUUUCGUCAAGUUCUUAUAUGUAUAUUAUUUGUCCGAUUCUUUCGUCAGCCAUUCUUUAUUCGUCAAGAUCGUCGAUCUCAUCUUCGAUCAUAGUUCAUCUUUAUCGUAAUCCGUCUCGUUCUUUACUCGUCAUAAUCUUCUUUCGGCAUGUCCGCUGUUAAUCUGUGUUUUUCGUGUUUUUUUUUUCAUAGUCUUAUGUCAGUACCAACUUUAAAUAUGACCAAAUACGAAAUGACGAAAAACGAUAGAGUCGAAAUAAGAAGAAUGCCAACUCAUUACGGUCAAAGACGUGCUGCAGACUAACUUGACGUAUGAAGAAUGGCAGAAUCGGAAAAAUUUUGGAACUUGACGAAAAACGACGACCAAAGACUUUACCGAUAGUUUGAAGAAGGAUCAGUGAAUGUUGGAAGUAUUGACAGCGGGUCAUCGUGAACUGCAUGACUGACACGAACAACCUAUUAGGUACCCCGAGUUUAGAUAGGGCUGCAAUGGUGGAAACGACUGAUAAAAGUGACAAUUCUAUAAGUAAUUAAGUUUUAAAUAAAUUACCCUUACCCAAUAAUAUUUUUAGUAAAUAAGCACCUACCUAAUGAAUAAUUACCUAUUUUUUCUUCCCUCAUAUUUAAGUAAUUAUUCAAUAAACUAUAUUUAUUUACAUAAA